UAUACACCGAUUGUAUAGAAACAGCGAUUCAAGGACAUUGUACCAAAUUUGAAGAUUUAGCUAUAACACCCAUACAGUACAUUGACUGUACAUUUUUGAAUCUGUUUGAGUGUAACAGUCAGCCGGACAGUAGUCUAGACAUUGUCGAGAUACUGAUGCCCGAGCUAUUGAACACAACGAUGACCUGUAACGGUAUGGUUACCGAUAACUAUCAGGACAUACCGUUUGAUGUGAUGCUCAGAAAUGGUGACAUUCAUACAGUUACCUAUAGCCAGUAUAAUCUAAUUAUUACAGUAAUUGAUGGUGAUACCUAUUAUCGUGAAGUUGGCCUAAUAACUGAUGGUCCCUGUGCCGGAUCCAAAAUACAGGGUUGGUCUAUAUAUUUGCCACCCGAAGGCCAGUGUAUUACCAAACCGAUGACCAGUUCGAAGCCAUUGUUCGAGCACUGGAAGAUUACCGGCAACUGUAAGGCCACUUGUAAUGGACACUCAUUUUUUUCCUAUAAACCAGGAAUUGUACCCUAA